AUAUAUAUUCUAACUGUUUGUGGCUCAGGUUGUGAUGGAACUUUGCGAACAAGCCCAAGUGUUCCUUGAACAUGGAGACGACUGCCAUUUUGACCACACAAAAAUCAUUCUGCGAAGAGCUGACAACGAAUACUUCUACGCCAAGACCAGUUUGCGCAUCCCCCAAUCUUCAAGAAUUGAUGUGGACCAACUGGAGACAAUUCCAAUCCCUGCAAAUCACAUCUGGCCGUUAGCUGAUCCCACAUUCACUCGAGCUCCUGAACCACUACCUUCUACCUGUUACUUGAAACGACCCAGCUUUCUUUACUACGACGAAACCGCUAAUGAACAAGACUACGGUCGUCAAAUCCUGACCGAGGUGGAAGCGUGCGAGGUUCUAAAAUUACACCCACAUCCCAACGUCGCGCAAUACAUGGGCUGCAUCGUAGAAGCUGGUCGAAUAAGAGGGCUUUGCUUUCCAAAAUAUUGCACUACUCUCUCGCAGAUGUUGAAAGAGAGGUCAUACUUUGACAGGAGCCGGUUUCUGCGUGAAAUAGAAGCAGGUGUACGUCAUAUGCAUGACUUGGGACUUGUACACAAUGAUCUCAACCCAUCAAACAUCAUGAUGGAUGGAGACAAUGCUGUUAUCAUAGACUUCGACUCAUGCAAAAAGGAGGGAGACAAACUGGGUACGAAGAUAGGAACACACGGGUGGACACUGGAUGAUGUAGAGUAUGCGAGGCGAGAAAAUGACUUUUAUAGCCUCUCACUAAUAGCUGCAGCCCUAAAGAGAGAUAACUCAUAAUCAAAGACUGUGUGGAUGACUACCCCAAUCAUAUGCCUUGUCCCUCAAACACCUCAACCCGUCUUCUUUGAAUCCCUCGCCCUGCCUGGUGCCAGCACUACUCAAGGCAUCCUGGAAUGUCAAAAUAUACGAUACCAAAUGUGGGAUAAGCAUCUCACUUACACGUUUACCGCUGGGGUAGAACAUGAUUAUCCGACUAUCUGCAAUCGCUAUGCCCACAGUCCAAUAUUUUCGCCUUACAUAACGAUCCAUCCUUACAGUACCUCGUAGCCCAUUCACAGGCAUUGACAGGUGGCGUGGUUUCACAAUAGGCAAUGCUGUAAAUAUGUAAAUGGUGGGAGUGGGUUGAUUUUCGAAUUCGGUG